AAUAAACUACCAGUAAUAAAAUCAGAAACCCAAGUUUCCUUUCUGAAACUGUUUUUCACUGCCCAUGUAUUUACCAGUGUGCCUAUUUCUUAAGGAAGUCUGUGCCUCAAUUUUUCUGCUAAAUAAGAACAUAGGGUGUCCCGGGCAUUGUGCAAGGCCCUGGGAAUGCAAGGAGCACCCAGCUCAGUAGGGUUACAUAAAAAAUGGAACCUUAGGCCAAGAUCUGAUGGACAAUUAGAAGUUAAACUAAACAACAGAUACCGAAACUGGCACUCUUCAGCCAGCCCUACAGCACAUGGUCCCUAGUGGAUAUACAGGCCCGAGAUCAUGCUCUAAUGGGAGACAAGCAAAGGAAUAACAGGCCUGACCACUUGUUAGAAGGGUAAAACUAACUUGUAGUGUAGGCUCCAGAAGGGGUAGAGACUAGAGGUAGAGUAACCAGCAUAAUUGCUAGAUUCUAAAGGCUAGGAAGGCAGAGACCUUAUGUGCCAUAACGUACGGUAGUCUCUCCUGCUAGUAGGGGCUUCUCCUGCUAGUAGUAUAAGCAGUGCACAUAUGAACUGUGGAAAUGGUGAUUGAGAUAGAACAGAAAGAACUAUAUCAUAUUUCAUUGAGUAUAUCUAUUUUAAGACAUUUUAUGUACUAAUAAGAAAACUUGCCAGUUAUGACACUCCAUUAAUUGUGAAUCCUGAUUUCAGUGUUAAAAUAUGAAAAAGUGUGCAUCGUAGGAUCAAUGAAAUACUAUAAAAUGAGCUAUAAAUUGGAAAUGAGAAGUAGGUUGACAUAGAGAUAUCCUAUAUGUUUGGUCUUCGGCUUUGCCACUUAGUAGCUUUCUCAGAACAAAUUUCUAAAAAUGUACCUCUUUUCCACUUGGAAUUGAGCUGGACAAUUGAGAUUACAUACUUUGAAACACUUUGUAACCUGCUGCUAGUCAUAGCUUGGCCUUACAUACCUGGGAGCGGGGGCACCACUACCUGCCUUGUUUAGAAACAUGGGGCUAGGUCAGAGCUCCUGCCUCUGUUGGAUUCAUAUAUUUGGGUGGGGGUGGCAGGGAAAUCUGGUCAGCAGGAACGGGGCCUGUGUGGCCCCUGGCUAGUCCUGAGUGAAGAGUUUACCUUUCUGUAUUUGAUUCCCUCUUCUGAUUCAUUGUGUUCUCCCAGAACUUUCAUUCCUUCAGCUGUGUUGAUUAUCUUGUGGGGGCGGCAGGGCGGCGCCUAGGGGCAGGAACUAGGAGUUAGGGGGCCUUGGUAUGACUUGGUUAUGCAAAAGAUGUUACUUCCAGAGAGGCACCAUGCAAGGAAAAGCUUUUUUUUGCAGUACGCGGGCCUCUCACUGUUGUGGCCUCUCCCGUUGCGGAGCACAGGCUCCAGACGCGCAGGCUCAGCGGCCAUGGCUUACGGGCCCAGCUUAUCCGCGGCAUGUGGGAUCUUCCCGGACUGGGGCACGAACCCAUGUCCCCUGCAUCGGCAGGCGGACUCCAACCACUGCGCCACCAGGGAAGCCCAAGGAAAAGCUUUUAGUCUACGGGAAAGACAUGGUUUCCAGGCAGAAUGCCUCCUCUUACUCAGGUCUUGGCUGCUAUCAGGAAAGGAGUCCCAUCCCAUGGACUCCCACUCCGGGGAGCUAGGGCUCCUGCCCUGUGGGUCCUGUGACAUGGUUUUCCGUUCCUGGGCCCUGCUGGCCACCCACACUCAGCGCUUCUGCAUUGGCCGUCAGCCCCGGGAGCUGACAGUUGGAGAACAGCCCCCAAUAGCCACUGAACUACGGGUACCCAGGGUUGUGCCAGAAGAACACCAGGGCCUCCCAGACCAGGAGGCCAGCAAAUCGGCUCUGAAGAGGCUAACAGAUGAGGUGCAGCGGCUGCGGCUGUAUCUGCAGGAAAUGCGACCCAGCAUAACAGAGGUCCCCAGAGGGUCACAGGGGCCCUGGAGGCGGUCAGAGGCACCGACUCAGGGUCCCAACUACGAGACUGCUGGGAGCCCCGGCGAGCGGCUGCGGGCGCUGCACCGGACUCACGCAAGGCUCUUGGCAGAGACAAAGGCACAGAGCUGUGCCCUGGAGCGACGCGGCGAGGAACUGAGCCGGCACCUCCAAGGUUUGGCUUGGACCCGGGACGGGAAAUCACGCAUAUUCAGCCUGGAGCGGGAGCUUCGAGAACUCCGGGCAGAGGCCGGGCGAACGCGGGGUGCUCUAGAGGAGUUAGGGGCGCACGUUCAGCAGCUACAGGCCAACCCCGGGACCCGGCUGAACGCCUUACGAGAGGCAGAACUCUGUGGUCCGGUGCUACAGGCAAACCCAGGGACUCUGGCUGCGGAGAUCGGGGCCCUGCGUGAGGCCUACGUUCGAGGCGGGGGCCGGGACACCGGCAUUCUGGGCUGGAUAUGGCAGUUACAAGUGGAGGCGUCAGCUCUGGAGCUUCGGCGGUCGCGGACCCGCAGGGGAAGACAGGCAGGUGCCGCAUUCAAGGAGCUUCUAGCAGUGGAGGCUGAAAAUCGGCGCCUGGAGGCAGAAAUCCUGGCUUUGCAGAUGCAGAGGGGUGCAGGCCGGGUGCCCUGGGGGCACAGGGAGCUGAGACUUGUGGCCAAUCCCAGCCCACGCCUGAGAAGAAGGGAAGAUCCCCCAAGCCUCCCGCCUCCAGUGGCUCCCCCGCUGCCGCUGCUUCCACACUCCACAGGCGUCCUAUUCUUGGGUGGCGCCGAAAAGGCUUCGCAGCUUCCUGGAACCAUGACCAGGAACCUGGGCCUGGAUCCACACUUCCUCCUGCCCACAACUGACGUUCUGGGCCCUGCACCCUACGACCCUGGGGCUGGCCUUGUCAUUUUCUAUGACUUCCUGCGGGGCCUUGAGGCUUCUUGGAUUUGGGUGCAACUAUUGACUGGCUUGGCCCGAGAUGGACAGGAUACAGGAGGGACCACAGCGUUGCCCCCAGCCCUUUGCUUGCCCCCACCUCCAGCUCCUGGGCCCAUGGGCAACUGUGCCAUCCUUGCCAGCAGGCAGCCUAUACCCAGACUACCACCUUCACCAUCAGUAUCCUUGGUCUGUGAGCUGCAAGCCUGGCAGGGGCUGGCAUGGGCUAAAGCACCACUGCCAAAAGCCUGGGCCUCGCUGGUGCUAUUUGACCGGGAUCAGAGGGUGCUAAGUGGUCGCUGGCGUCUCCCACUUCGGACCCUUCCUCUGGACCCCAGCCUUAGCUUUGGGCAGCUGAAUGAGAUUCCCCAGGUGAGUGUGGAGGAUGGGGACUGGGUCCUCCACGGUACAGAUGCAGUACCAUUUCACCUCUUCCCAGGUAGGUCAGGCCGAGCUCUUUCUGCGGCUGGUGAAUGCAAGAGAUGCAGAUGUGCAGACACUGGCAGAGAUCAAUCCAGCAAGUGCCCACGAGUACCAGUACCCACCUCUGGUGAGGGCCCAACUGGGGACCCCACAGGUGUGGCUGAUGUGGUUAAUAACCAGCAUUUGUUGACCACUAUGUAUGUGCCAACCCACUACUAAAUGUUUUCUGUGAAUUAACUCAUGUGACCCUCACAUAUCCUAUUAGGUAUGUACUACUGUGUAAGCAAGUAAGAAAAUCAGAGCACAAGGUUAACUUGGUUCACAGUAAGCAGUUGACUCUAAGGUGGUCUGACGCCAGAAACUGUACUGUUAACCUCUACAUAAACCUUUUGCUAAAGAUCGACCUUCUCCUUGUUCCACAGGUGCCCAACUCAUCUUCACUGGAGGCCAGCUCCCUGGCCCCAACAGCUGGCUUUGUUGACCCCCCUCCUCCUGAAGACCCCCACCAGCGGCAGAGUCAAGCACAGAGAGGAGGGUUUGCGCCCUCAGCACAGCUUUGACCCA